UAACAGUGGUGGACACUUUCACUGACUUGACAUGUUUUUACCGUGGCGAGAAGAGAGACGGUGGAACAGUGGGCGAACGCUAACUGGAUUAGGAUUAGCACUGUCACCGUGUAACCCUGAAGAGACUUGGUGAUCUGACCUGGAUUUUUCCUCCAAGUGCUACUGUAGUUAGCCAAUUUGCUAACUUAAUCGGAGAAAUUCUGCUUAUUGACAGUCAUACCUAUCAUUUUUAAACUUUUCACUAGGAUUCAUCGAAGAAGGGGUUCGAUUCAGAAACUUCAAACAAUUUUAUUCUUUAGUUUCUCAUAGAAUUCCUGCUCAUAAAUCACGAAUGUAUCCGGUGUUUCUAUUGUCUAGAUACAUUGUAACUCUACCUAGUAAUGCGUUCAACAAGUGUUCAAUAUGAUCUAAAGUGGCAAACUGUAGCCUAAUCAACGACAUGGUUGGUUGUGGCUCCGUUUUCUAAUAAUCUGUUUUGCAAUGCAAACGUGUCGACGACAAUCAAGGACCAACACCUUGAAUUAAGAGGCAACAUUAACUCAGGAUCUUGAUACCCAUCAGACCAUGGCACUUUGCGGGCGAAGAAAUCGGUCAAAAGUUAUUGUUGGCAUCCUUUGUGUCUCUGUAGUUGGAUAUUUCGUAUUUCUGAAACGCAACGGAAACGAUGUCGGGGUGGCAAGUCGACGUGGGGUGUCUACCAAUGGACAAGAAGACACGGAAUACGAAAAGUUAAAGAGCCCAGUUUACGAGAAACCACCAUUGGAUAUGAGUGUACUGGGUGAGAUGGGACGAGCUGUAAAGUUAGACUUGACUGGAGAAGAGAAGAAGAAAGAAGAAGAGAGUAUCAGCAAACAUCAGAUUAAUACCUACGUGAGCGACAAAAUAUCCCUCCAUCGAAGACUGCCCGAGAGAUGGAAUCCACUCUGUAAGGACCUGAAGUAUGACUACCGCUCCUUGCCCUCGACGUCGGUGGUGAUCGCCUUCUACAAUGAGGCGUGGUCCACUCUGCUGCGCACUGUGCACAGCGUGCUGGAGACCUCACCUGACCUGCUUCUGCAAGAGGUCAUCUUGGUGGACGACUACAGUGACCGAGAACAUUUGAAGGAGCCCCUGGAGCAGUACUUGUCAGACCUGCGUAAGGUGCGGCUGGUCCGCGCCCGCAAGCGCGAGGGCCUGGUCCGCGCUCGGCUCCUGGGGGCCUCCAUCGCGACGGGCGACGUGCUCACCUUCCUGGACUGCCACUGCGAGUGCCAUGAUGGCUGGCUGGAGCCCCUCUUGCACAGGAUCACGGUGGAGCCUACGGCAGUCGUGUGUCCGGUCAUCGACGUUAUUGACUGGAACACCUUCCAGUAUCUAGGCAACCCUGGCGAGCCUCAGAUCGGCGGGUUUGAUUGGCGGCUGGUGUUCACCUGGCACCCAGUGCCGGAAUAUGAGCAGAAACGACGCAGCUCCCCGACAGAUGUCAUCAGGUCUCCUACUAUGGCUGGAGGUCUGUUUGCAGUCAGUAAGAGCUACUUCCACUACCUGGGUACAUAUGACACCGGCAUGGAGGUGUGGGGUGGAGAGAACCUGGAGUUCUCCUUCAGGAUCUGGCAGUGUGGAGGCUCGCUGGAGAUCCACCCCUGCUCUCACGUGGGCCACGUCUUCCCCAAAAAGGCCCCCUACUCGCGCAGCAAGGCCCUGGCCAACAGUGUGCGGGCCGCUGAGGUCUGGAUGGACUCCUACAAGGACCUGUACUACCACAGGAACCCCCACGCUCGCCUGGAGGCAUACGGCGACGUGACGGACAGAAGGAAACUGCGGGAGCAGCUGGGAUGCAAGGACUUCAGGUGGUUCCUGGAGAACAUCUACCCGGACAUUCAUGUUCCGGAGGAUCGAGAAGGAUUUUUCGGAAUGCUGAAGAAUCAAGGCAUGGCCAACUACUGCUUUGAUUACAACCCACCUGAUGAUCACAACGUGGUGGGCCACCGCAUCAUCCUCUACCCUUGCCAUGGCAUGGGCCAAAACCAGUUCUUCGAGUACUCGACGGACCAUGAAAUCCGCUAUAACACACGGGAACCAGCAGGGUGCGCUGUGGCUGAUUCUGUCUCCACCUUCCUGACGGUGCACCUGUGCAGGAAACCCCGGCAACCCGUUCCACAGGAGCAGCAAUUUGUGUUCAGAGAGGACGGAAGCCUGUACCACGUGCAGUCUCAGAAGUGUGUCCAGGCUGUGGCCAAGAUCGAUAACGGCGGCCCAGGGCCCGCCCUCAGACCCUGCUCCAACGUGCCCCACCAGAAGUGGUUCUUCGAGGAGCGGUCGUAGAGGUGUGAAGUGGACCAGGCCGGAGUGGAGUCCAUCUCAGGCUGGACCGAACCACUCAAGAUCCACACCAUCCAGGGCAUUGAGGCUGAGGACGAAGAGGAACACAUGAGCCCUCUCUUACCUUUAGGGCUGUAUGUUCUGGAUCUCAGUCCCUGAGUGGUUCAGGGACACUAGACACAGCUUAGCAGUAACACCUGCCAUAGGUAGCAACAUUCACACAAAGGAUACAGCUUCAAAAAUAAGUUAAACAGUUAUCAAUUUUUGAGAGUUUCAGACUGCAGAAGAUUGUUAUUUUGUGGUAAUUUAUCAUUGUGAUUUUUUUUAAUGACACUUUUUAUGACAUAAGAAUCAACAUAUAUUUAUGUACGUUUUAAACAAAUGUCUUUUACCGCAGUACAGUGACUUGUGUCAUGUCAUCUUCCCUAUGACAUGGGCAGUGAUAGGCUGGAUAAUUUACACCUUAUACCUCUUGAAAAGGUCUCUCCGUGGAGGAGCAACAAUCGCUAAAACAGUAGCCUAUUCAUGUGGAUAUAAUAUAUUUCAUAAAGCAGGAAGUCAAUAUUCUCUGCUGCAACUACUGCAGAGGCUCAAGAGUCUGUCGUCCACACUCCAUCAUGUAGAAGGCUCCAUCUUUGCGUUCAAAGAACGUCCACCCAUUCACUAGUGCAGUACGUAGUGACUAACCAACAUAUGGUUAUUUACUAUAUUGUACACUCUGUGAAUGAUUAGAUGUUCUGAACACAGGCUCUGCCUUUUCCCUUGACCUGCUGAUUGCUGUUCAGCAUUGUUAGAUCUUUAGCUUUAGUCUCUCCUGGAGCACAGGUGGAGGUCGCACGGCUGUUCUGGGUAUUUCAGGCAGUGCACUGAAGAAAAGCCGAGUAGUGACGGUCAGUGGAGCUGAUGUCAGCUUGUCUUCCCAGACAAAUACCUCUAGAUGGUGCCAGUGCCUCCAUUUGACUCCUGUUUACAUCUAGAAUCCUCCAUGUUCUCACCAUUAGCUGUCAUUUGGCCACGUCCAUCUGAAGCUAUGCUGUAUCAUAUUGCUGGGUGUAUAUUUAUUCACUCACAAGUGCUAACUCCAUUCCUCCACAGAGUCUGUAGAGCCUUUCCAUUAUUACCCUGCUACAGAUACCUCUCCUUCUCUAACUACUGGGUAGGACAUGAGUAGGUCUUACAAAAAAGCUGGAGAGAUCUCAGCAUGCAGCCUGAGUGACUUGACCGCAGGCUGGUUCCUGAACCUGCCACAGUGCUGUUUCAUGUAAUGUUGAUGCUGGUGCUUUUUCUCUUUUUUUUUUUUUUUGUUCUUAAUUUUCAAUCCUCAAUCAAUUAUUGUUUUAUUUCUGUUUUCUUCAUGACUGUAGAAUAUGUAUCACUACUUUUGUGGUGAGCACAGGUCUUGUUAGUGUUUUUUUAUUUUUAUUUUCAUGAAAUGAAGGUAUACAGACAGGAAUGAAGAGAUUAAUUUGGGAUUUAUGCAUUUAGGAGUGGAAACAGGAAGGAAGCAUGGAGCUUAGAGCAGUCGUAAUGGGAUCCGCUCACAGGAAAGACAUCUCAAGUGCCUGACUGGAUGUAUGCAGUGAUAACAUGCCAUCACUCCACACACAUCUGCUUUCCAUAGGAAUCGCCGCCCACCCCACCCCACCUCCCACACACACACACACCACCUUCCCCUCCCCUCUCCUCAGUUUUUUCACGUAGAGUAGCAUGCAGUGUGUGUGUUACAGUACAUAUGCUAUUGACAGAGGUUGUUGGGGAGGGGGGUAUAGGAGUCUAACAGCUAGACAUCCCCCACACACUGUGAGUCUUAAAGGCUGUGACAACCACCAAUUAGAGACCAAAGGGCUCCACAAUGGACAGAUGUUUCUAGUCCUAUCUGCACACAACCACAGUGCUGUGAGCCUGACCCGAGUAGAACAGCCCAUUUUCCAUGUGGAGGAACCCGACGCCGUUCAUAGAUACAUCUACCAUUGCUAUUGCACUGUGGGAAUCUGAGGGCAAGCUGGAAAGGCUGGAGUCUGAGACUGGAGGGUUAACGAGCGAAUUGGUGUAAACGAGUCUUGAUUAACGACUUAAUUAGUGGCUAGGGAAAAGGGCAUCUGUUUGGAGAAUCUUAAAGAUACACAAAUCAGUGGUGUCCUCUAAAGACAAAGCAAAGCAAAACUGAAGUAAAUAGGAAGUGGAAAACAUACAAUUAAGCUUGUUUAUGCAAGGGGUUUUUGUUUUCUCAAUUUGUUCUGCUGUUGUUAUUUUCCCUUAGCAAAGCGAAGAUGAGAUUGAUGAGAGCUGGAUGCAGUAUUGCUUGUACUGGCAAAAGGAUUGCUCUUUGCCAACAGUUGAAUAUGCACUUUUAAGUCUGCGCAGAGAUGCAGAUGCAACCCGUAAUGAAUUUGCUGGAUGUCGUAAUGUGAAAACAUGUUUCUAGCCUUUGAUUUAUUAUGAUCAAGUGACGUGUUGCAUGCUCUAUAUCGACUUUACAAUCAGCAUAGUCCAGGUAUACAUGCACUUCUAUGCAGAGUGGAGAUUUACACUCCUCUCCAUUGGUUUAUGGUGUGUUGAAUUCUUCUACCAGCUGGGGAAUUUUGUAGAUCAAUCACAACUCCAUGUUCAGGUCCAGCAGUGUAAAAAAAAAACAUGUGUUUCAUGUUUCUGUGUAGGAAAAAUCACUAUGCUGAAAUUCUGCUGAAGUAUGUUGCUGUUCUUCCAUAAGUGCCCUUAACACACCAUAGGAAUUGAUUUAGCCUUUUUGUGCACUUUUGCAAUAAUGUAAUAUUUUGUUUAAUCACUUACAUAAAUUUACUGUACAUGUUUUUUCUAGCUCUGUAUUUUAAAUGUACAUAAGUUGCAAUAACGGUUUUCAACAGUUAACAUAAAGGUAAAUAAAUACAUUAUUUCAAGAA